UGAACUGACAGGUGCCAAUACCAAAGCGUUAACUUACGGCAAGGGAAAGAGCCGACGGAAGAGCGUUAGAGUUAAGAGUACUAGCGUUCGAAGUGUGUAGUGUGUUGCAGCUUUUGACAACGUUCGACUAGAGAAAAAUUGUGUUAUUGUUUUUAAAUGAAGUGUUUUUAAGCAUUGUUCAACUCGCUACUCUCCGCUUUAGCAAAAAGCCAUGAAUACGUUAAAAUUAUUCCACACAGCUGCUAAAGUAUGCAACAGACGGUACUCAACCGCAGUACAUUUAAGACAUUUAAACCAUGUACAGGAAAGAGCAUUAGAAGAUAAAUGUAUCUUAGUAGACAACAGUGACAGGAUGGUUGGCAGUGCAACAAAACGUGAUUGUCACCUUGUAGGGAAAGAUGGAAACUUACUACUACAUCGUGCAUUUAGUGUAUUUAUCUUCAAUUCGAAUAAGGAAUUAUUGCUCCAGAAGCGUUCUUCCCAUAAAAUAACAUUCCCAAACUGCCUAACAAAUGCAUGUUGCAGUCAUCCAUUACAUAACAUUCCUGGAGAACGCGAAGAAGAUGGGGCCAUUGGAGUAAGACGUGCAGCUCAGCGGCGAUUAAAUCAAGAGUUAGGGAUUCCCCCAGAACAGGCCACACUGGACGAUUUGCAUUAUUUGACAAGGAUACAUUACAAGGCAGAUACUGGCAUAUGGGGAGAACAUGAGAUAGAUUAUAUCUUAAUCCUACACAAAGAUGUUGAUGUUAAUCCCAAUCCAGAAGAAGUAAGUGAAAUAAGCUAUGUUGCCAGAGAAAAAUUCGAUGAAUUCAUGAAGUCUUCAGUGACACCUUUGACUCCAUGGUUUCAUCUGAUAGCUGACAAGUACUUGCGUCUGUGGUGGGACAAUCUGAAUCAGCUCAAGCAAUUCCAGGAUCAUACAACAAUUCAUAGCUUUUGUUGAGAUAUGUUCUCACUAAUGUUUAAUAAGUUACUCAUGUUCAGUUUUUCAAUGGAUGUAAAACUAUUUUCACACCCUAAGAUUCCAAGAAAUAGAGUAUCAGAGACAUGUUACACAUUCCGUAAUGCGUAUGUAUGUCAAAAAUACCUGUACUGUUAUCCCACCCUCAUAAGCUGAUUCCCCCCACGCAGAUGCAACAGCCUUCUUGGGAUGCUUCAGUGAGUAGUUGAAUAUCUUGGUUUCAAUGUUAUUGAACCAGUAUUGACACUGAAUCUCAACAUAGUUGCAUUUUUAAGACUGUGAUGUUUGAGACUUUAUACCAUAGGCAGCCUUUUGUUAUUUUGUAUAUUUUUACCUAACCUUUUUUUUUACAUUUUUAGAUUGUGGUUUAUUAUGUUUCUUUACACUUUUUUUGAAAAUUCUCAUGUAAUAUGUAUUCCAAGUACAUUUAAAUAAUAGAAUGUCAUUUAUUUCGCAUAACGUACAAAACUGUGACAGCUAAAUUUCUUACCUGCAUAAUUAUUUAUACAGAAGUUUGAUGUAUAUGACCCCAAGUAAUAAAGAACUGAUAUCAA